AUGCUGGAUUGUGAAGACCCUCCUCUUGACAUCUGUCUUGUUAUUGACCAGACUCAGAGUGUUGGGGUAGAAAACUACAAAACAAUGCUGAAGGCAGUCAUAAAUUUUGUAGGAUUCUUCAAUGUGGGCAUCAAAGAUACUCGUAUUGCAAUUGUUUCAUUUGCCAGUGAUGCAAAAAAACGGAUAGGCUUUAGUGAUUCAGCAUAUCAAAGCCUAGAAAAAUUGACGGAAUAUUUGACUUCGAUGUUCAACGACACCUUGGGUAGGCCAACUCGUACAGAUCGCGCCCUGGAAAAAGCCAUUCAGGUUCUUAAAGAGGGCGAUGCCAAUCAUCAGGGCGUAUUGAUGGUUCUGACAGACGGCAAAACGAAUCCUAAAUCACGAGAUCUUGGAGAGGUUAUGAAGGAACUCUCCGUAAGUGCCAUGUUUUUCCAUCUAUUUUUUUACCUCGCGCAUGACAUUGGUGGGGGAGUACACUGACCUAUCGGUGGGUAAAGGGAGGGCUCAAGCGACAACAGCAAUCAUUUUUCUACUUAUUUUUAAAUACAUUCCUUUUAUGUCCGGCUUCUUUCAAUGCCUUUCUACAGGAUAAUGUAUAGACAUUGUAAGGAGAGAGGAAGAGUCUCCAUCUUAGUCUUUUUUAUGUAUUGAAGAUUAAAGUCGUCAAGUCAUUCAAUUUUUCUUUUUUUUGAAGAUCUUCUUCACUCUAAAUAAUGGAACAGACAGUUUAUAUAUUAUCUACCAACUGAGCUAACAAGCCAACGGGAAGCAUUGCUGUGUUUUAAUAGUGUUCAUAACUGUGAAGAUCGCUUUCAUGUUCACUUCUUUAUCUGCAGUUCACACAUAUGAUUUUCAGACAUUCUCAGUCAUGUAUUCGUCAAUACUUAAAAUGUGAAAACGUAUUGUUUUUUAUUCUCAACAAAAAAAUUUUUGAGCUGGAUGUUCCUUUUUUUAAUGUUAUUUAGUUUCAAGAGGUCUUAGAUCUGUAAUUUGUCACUUUGUACUGGGUUUGGUUUUCGAGUCUAGUUACAGGGUUAGGGAAGUAAUCUCGUCGUGAUCAUUCUUUUCAUUGACCCAGCUUCCCAUGCCAGGACCGUAUUGGAAAUAUAUGUCAGUCAUCGGACUUUUUAAAAGGACCCUGUUACGCUUGACUCGUGGUGUUAAGACUGCUGGUUUACGUUCUACUAAAGAGGGGCUCUUGUUUGUUUAAAAAGAUAUGUUUUCUUCACAUUACGAAAAUUGAGUUAAAGAAAAGUAACCUAUGUAUACUACUUCCUUGAAAAAUGAAGGUUUACUGAUUUCCCCUUGACAUAUCUAUUUUGAAAGACAUUGGACAGAGGAAUUCAUAGGAUUGCAGUUGGUGUCGGUAGAAGGAGACUCAAUAUCACCCAACUCAAACAAAUUGCUGGUGAACAUAACGAUGACGGUGUGAUUCUAAUGGAGAAUUUUGAGGAUCUGCAUCACAAGAUAAGAAAACUGCGUGAAGUUACUUGCAGUGAGUUGGCGUGAACUCUAGGAUAAGAAGAACAUAUACUUUACUUUACACAAACACACUCAUAUAUACUUCAUAACGAGUUUUAAACUUUUUACAGUGCUAGCUUACUUACUUAUGAACGGUUAAUUUCUAUAUUAUUGCAAACAAAAUCGAAAAAUUUGUAAGAAAUUACAACGUAACCAUGCUGAGCAUCGUCAACAAAAAACAUGUCUUUGGCCAUAAUCAGCUCAGAAAUUUACAAGAAAACGACAAAUUCCUGCUAAGACAAAAACCAACCAUCGCAUGUUCAUUUAUAAUUGUGAAGGUUUGUAUAAAUACACAUUAUUUAUAUAUUAACUUUUUCAUCAAAGGCAUAAAUGGCGGAUUUUCAGAAUGGAGCAGUUGGUCAGAGUGCUCAGCCUCGUGUGGAGGAGGAGUGCACGGGCGGGAAAGGACUUGCACUAGUCCUCCACCGAGGCACGCCGGGAAGGAUUGCAAGGGAGAAAGCUUUGAGACAAGAACGUGCAACAACGAGGAGUGUGGUAUGUGCGUAUGUAUGUGCAUAUGCUUAGCAUGUUUCAAUCUUUAUCUAGAGGACCUAAUUGUCUCUGUAUAGAAAUCGACCAAAUAUCGGCCGAUAUUCAGUUAUACGGUGACUGUUCUAUAGAGUGAGAUUGGUUUGUGGGAAAGUCUCGUCAUCUGCAUCCAGAAGAGUUAAAAGAAGACGUUUAACAUCUCUGAGAAGGAACAUGUAAGAGAAAUGUUCUCUGGUGACUCACAAAUGAUAACGAUAAUAAUAACAAUACAAAAUAACAAUAAAAAAAUAAGGUAAUGCUUGCGAUAAUGAUAGUUGUACAAAGUAAUGGUAAUAAGACUGACUGAAGUCCAAUUCGAUCUGUAAUCAUACAUGUGAUUAACAAAAUCGGACGACUGCGACUCUCUUUCAAAGCUGAGGGCCAAAUUACUCUUCUUUUACAUUCAUGUGGAUUAGCUUUCUGGCCUCAUCAAUAUGUUUGAAAAUGAUGUAGUUUUCAUUCAAAAGCAUGAAAAAGAACGUUAAUUUGAAAGACAUAAAAGAAAAACACUGAUGCCCGCCAUUAUGAAAGAGGUCGAUAUGUUGAAGUUAAAUGUAUAUAACUACUGGCAUCAUUUCCCUUAUAUUUUUUUUCUACAGUGUGCGAAAGAAAAAUUGAUCUUGGUUUGUUGAUAGACAGCUCUGAAAGCAUCACUGAGCAACCCCUUGAGAAUCUACUUCAAAACUUUCUCCCUGAAUUCUUGAGAACGCAAUUCACAAGAGGCACAAUUGGAAGGAAUGGUACGCGAGUAGGCGUGGUCAAGUUUGAUCAUAAAACAAGCAUUCUGGUUGACUUUAAUGACAAACGUUCCUACAUGAGGAAUGAGCUCGUUGAAAUGCUUGAGAAUACUUCAUCGAAUGUGGUAUUUGAGACUCGCUUCGAUAAAGCAUUGGAAGAGGUCAGUACUUCACUCUUCUCGGCAAAAGGUGGCGAAAGAACAGAUUUUCCUAAUGUUCUCGUGAUAUUUACAGACGGUAAACCAUUCCCUAGAGAUGAAGUGAAGCCUUUUAACGUGACGUUACCCCCUCUAAGAGUAAGUGUAAUGCGGAUAUGAAUGGUUAUAUUUAUGAUUAUGAUUAUAUCACAUGUACUUUGUUAUUCUGGACCUAUGCCCUUAUCUGAGCAACUUCCCCCCCCCAUUCCCUAACUCAACAACAGUCAACUGAUAACAAGUUAAAGUUGAUGUUGGGUUAGGGGGAGUAGGAGCGCAGUCUCUCAGAUACCAAUAUUGGAUCCGUCAAUCUUAUCCGGUUCUAUUACCUUGACAGAUUUUCACUUGGCAUGGAAAACGGAGGCCCUGCCAUAUUCUAGAAAUUCUAGUGCAGAUAGACCGCACCGUAUCUGAUUUCAAGCAUACUUCAACUCAUUUUCUUAUCAAAGACUAAGAAAAGAAAAAAAUGUUCUUCUCUUCUUUGAUUAUUAUCUUUAGCUGUUUACCUGUUUUAUCGUUGAGCUGGUAGCCACUUAAGAAGAAUUCCGUCACGAAUAUUAACAGGAUUUCACUAGCAUCUUGCCAAAUCACUAUCUAGUUGGAUCACUUUUCAAAGUCUAUUUAAUAUAUUUAUCUUUUGAACAAACGUGUGCAUAGACUUUGAAGGUUCAACAAACCUUUUUCUCUCUCUCUCAAAUCUCUUUUACUAUGCCCACCUAAAAAUUUGUUAAUUCGUACGCUGAAGCAAUCUAACAUCUAUAGUCUGUCAUAUAUUUCAUGAAGCAGCGUCAGUAAACUGUAGCAUUAACCAUCAACAAUAAUACGUUUACUUGUAGAGAGACAAAAAAGUUCAUAUUAUUUUUGUGGCAUAUGGGCCACCUCAGAAGAUAAACUACACCAAUCUCGAAAGGCUUGCUGCCCCUGAAAAACUUAUAAUCCUACCAUCGACCAAGCAGGAAUAUGAGUCGAUGUCAACUUUGCGUAAACUUCGGAUGGCAGUUUGCGGUAAGCAGUUAUAUUCUCCACCCGAACUUAUCGCGUAUCUUGUGUUUCGUUUUUCUUUUCUGCGAGCAGAACACCAUGCUGAUUCUACUACAUCAGGUUGGUAGAUCACUCAACAUGUGGUGUUAAGCCUCAUACACCAUGAAUCGUUCUCUUCUUUUGUAAUCAAAAAGGAAAAGGAAAAGGAAACAUAAAAGCUAUUAUCUAACAGUUAUCAUAACUUUACAUAGUAUGAAUCAUCUGAUUGGUCAAUCCUUUUGCAGUAAGAACACUCCAGAGUUCUCCCAACAUCUCGUUUCUUUAACACGCUUUGAAACCCGGAAAAAUGAGCUCUAUUGCUUCGAUAAGUGAUAUAAUUUGGGUUGACCUGAAAUUGCCCAUAAAACUUAGAGGGGUUACUCAUAAAACAUUUAGUUCUUACAAGUCGUUUGCGAUAAUUUUUGUAGCUGAACCUGGUGGUUACACUGAUUGGUCUGCAUGGGGGGAAUGUAGCGUAACAUGUGGUGGAGGAUUUCAGUCACGAAAGCGGAGUUGCACCAAUCCCCCAGCAUCUCAUGGCGGAUUGAAUUGCAAGGCGCAAAAAUUGGGACCAGCAGAGGAAGAGAGAGCAUGCAACAAUAAACAAGAUUGCAGUGAGUGUGACCAAACAUAG